GCUGUCCCCGGGACGGUCUGCCGCCGCCGGCGGCCACUUGAAGGAGGUGUGGGGUGGGGACUGGCCGCCGCCGCCGCCGCCGCCGCAGCAGCCGAGUGAAUCGCCGAGCCGACCGACCUGACUUGACCUGACCCGAGCGGGCCAUGCUGGCGGCCGGGGAGGAGCUGCGCAGGAUGGACACUGUCUCAGCCACCGCUGAAGCUGCCGACGGCCGAGGGACAGGGGACGACUCGUGUGACCUGACCGACCUCUCUGAGGCCACCACCGACAACUACCAUUCCACGGAGGAGGAGGAUGGCCGCGAGAUCUCCCGCACCAACGGAUCGGUACCGGCGCCGGCUCGCUACCUGCACCAGCUGCACCUGGCCAUGACCUCGAUCCCAGCCGAGCUGGAGGUGCGCGCCAGUGGCCAGACCGGCGGUGGACAGGGCGUCUGGACCCGGCUGAGGGUGGAGGCCGGCCGCCGCUUCGGACCCUUCCUCGGCAACUGGACCACACAGCCGGUCCACGAACAGUUCGCGUGGGAGAUCGCCACUCCCGGCACCGAUAUGAAGAGCUACCUGGACGGCAGUGAGUUCGGUAACUGGCUGAGGUUCGUCGCGUCGGCCUCGGAUCUGUCGCAGCAGAAUGUGCAGCACAUUCUUCUGUUUGGAUCGAUUUAUUAUGAGACUCUGGUGGACAUCGAGCCUGGUACCGAGCUUCUUUUGGGAAAGAAGGUUCCCAUACUCUUUAACAAACUGAACGAUUCGGCCAUUGAUAACUCAGAGGGCGACAGGCCAGAGAGCGCCGACGAGAAGAGGGCAGAGCAGCAGCGACGGGAGGAGGAGCUCAUCGACGAGGAGGAGGAGAAGGAAAAGUGCAUCACCUGCGGCAAGACCUUCCUCACCAUCUUCGAGUUGGACGAGCACGCCGCCUCGGUUCACCACUACCCCGCCGGCGCGUUCAAGUGCGACUAUUGCUCUCAGGCGUUCGCGCUCAACGCCAACCUCAUCAAACACAAGGCCGAACAGCACGGCGAGUACCGCAAGUACCCGUGCGAGAACUGCACGCGGGUGUUCCGCGACCCCAGUGCGCUGCAGAAGCACAUCCGAGCUCAGCACGUGGGAGCUCGAGCUCACGCCUGUCCCGAGUGUGGCAAAACGUUCGCGACCAGCUCCGGUCUGAAGCAGCACACGCACAUCCACUCUAGCGUCAAACCAUUCCGGUGUGAGGUCUGCCAGAAGGCGUACACCCAGUUCUCCAACCUGUGCCGACACAAGCGUAACCACGUCGACUGUCGCAAGCAGAUCAAGUGCGGUCGCUGCUCUCAGGUGUUUAGUCACGAGACAUCUCUGACCAAACACAAGCGGUUCUGCGACUCGGCCGCCGCGCCCCGUUUCGGGUCAGCCGCUGUGGAGAAGCCGUCCGCCGGCGCGCCGCCAGGGAUGACGCUGCCGCCGAACGCUAGCCCGCUGAUGUCGCUCUAUCCGCGGCUGGGGCUGCCGUUCUGCACGCCACCGCUGCUCGCCGAGUAUGGGUCUCUGGUGCCGCCGACACCGGCCGGCCUAGCGGCGCACCCGUUCCUACGACACCCGUUCCUGAUGUCACUGCCUAAGGUGGAGCCGACGACAGCGUUUGAGGCCGGACAGCAGACGGGGACACCGGCUCCCACUCAGCAGACCACCGACAAAGAGACGGAGGGCACUGCCCCGGGCGCUGCUGCCGCCCCCGCUACCCCCGCUCCGGCGGCGGAACAGGAGAGGAGCAGGUCACGGUCUCAGGAGCGGUCCAAGGAGCGGGCUGAUCGGUCCGCUAGCCCGGAGAGCUGGCCGCGGAAGGUGCCGACCCCGGCCAAGAAGGAGUCCAAAGGAUUUGUCUCAAUCCUAGCGCACCUCAAGGACUCGGAGAAGACGUCACGCAGUCCGUCUCCCCGCCGGGCCACGGAGACAAAAAAGUCGGGUGACCAGCCGCUGGACCUCAGCAAAAAGCCCGACGAGCUGUUCCCUGGCUUCGGCGCGGCGCCGCCGGCUGAGGCCGUCGCUCCAAAGCCGGAGGAGCCGGCGGCGGCCGAGCCGGCGCCCGAGCUGCCCACUCCGUUUGGCUCGCCGGCCGGUUUCCCAGGUCUGUCGGGCAAGUUUCCUUUGAUGGCCUACCCGCGGCCGAUCCAUCCCUUCAUGGAGAGCAUGUACGGCGGCCUGGAGAAGACGGGCUGCCUGACGCCGUACGGCGCCGGCCUGCCCGGCUCCUCACUGAGCCCCUACUCGAUGCGCUACCCGUACAACCCCUACCUGAACCCGGUCCUGGCGCAGAGGUCGUUCGACCUGAUGAGGGCACAGAUGCCGGGCCUGACUCGACCCUACCAAGACGUACUAAACGUGCACACUCAGCGAGCCAAGGAUCGCUACUCGUGCAAGUUCUGCGGCAAAAUCUUCCCCCGCUCGGCCAACCUGACGCGCCACCUGCGCACGCACACCGGCGAGCAGCCGUACAAGUGCAAAUACUGCGAGCGCUCGUUCAGCAUCUCGUCAAACCUGCAGCGUCAUGUGCGUAACAUUCACAACAAGGAGAAGCCGUUCCGGUGUCCGCUGUGUGACCGCUGUUUCGGCCAGCAGACCAACCUGGACCGGCACCUGAGGAAACACGAGCAGGGGGUCGCCAACCUGGGCUCAGACAGCCCCGACUCGACCCAUAACGAGUCCGGCUACACGGACGAGAUCCGCAACUUUGUCGACAAGGUGACCGACGGCAGCGCCACCUACAACUCGAGCGACGACGAUGAAGCGCCCCCUGGCAAGCGGGCGCGCUCUGUCUCGCCGAGUCCGACCAUGGUACCGACCAGCUCUCGGCUAUCCGCCCUGGAGUCGCCCGGGGCGACCCGUCUCACCGCCAUCGACCCGUUCGACCGGUCACGUGACUGUGUGACCUCGCCGAGCAGCUAGAGAGGUGCCCGGAGGGGCGUUCAGAGGCCAGUACACAGCCGGGCGAGCCGCGCCACCCCGGACAACUAUCGACAGUCGAGAGCACGACAUAGUCGCGUUCUAGUCUACGGCAUUGUUUUGUGCGCGCGUGAUGUCACCUCGAAUGUGUGGGGUGUUCAGUGUCUGUACAGUUGCGCCUGUAGCGUGCUCGACGUGUGUACAGCGUGCGUUCUGCGAUCGUUUGUGAUGUGAUAUGGUGGAUCCGAGCUCCGUUUGAUGAUUUAUGUUGCUAUUCAGUUCCUAAGAAGUGUGUUACUGAAGCCUCGCGUGAGUACCAUGGCACGCGCUGCUGGCUUUCACAUUUAGCGAGCUUACAAAAGGCAUGUCUGCGCCUCGCCCCCGUAUCCGUUACCGUGUCCAGAGCACACAGAUCUGGAGAGGAUCACACAUGUUCGCUUACGAAUCUAAGUAACCAUGACUGGGAGCUCUCUGGGCGCCGGUCGCCGUUAGUUUUAUGCUUAGACUGUGCUGGCACACAAGCAUUUCACUGCACCACAUCAGCACAUCGGCGUUUGCAUAUUUAUUUUCGCACCACCCUCGCAUUGCUCCAAUGAUCUGAGUCACCCCUGAAGUUGUGCACUAGCCGCGCCCCACCUAUAUCCGUGCCCGUGUUCCGUGAGCGACCCCAGUCAAGUCAUCGGCCGACCAGUAUUAUACGGUAGAUUAUUUUUGUUUUGUAGCGCCGAGUGUAUCGAUCGAGUCCAUCAGCGUAUUUCUGUUCUGCUGCGACCCAGAGGCGACCACCUGCGCCGUGGUCACGCGUAUUGAACAUAUCCGUUUUCCCGUGAAUGUAAUGUACAUUUGAUUGAAUGCGUCUUAAUGCGGUGAGAUUUUAAUAUUAUAUCAGCAAUAAACUGUUACAAUAAAAAUUGACGAUUUUGGACAAAA